AUGGACGACGCAGACUCACUGGUCAUCUCGUCUGACCCUCUCCAUCCCGCAAAUCUCAUUCCGGAGCUCUGUCAAUCAUUCUACCACUUGGGAUGGGUCACAGGCACUGGCGAGAUAAAGCGUAAGCCUUUCGUUCAGACGGACGACAAAAUAUCCUUUACUGGUGGCGGCCUUAGGUACAUUGCACCCAGCGGCGUUCAGAAGGAGAGAAUCGUCCCCACGGAUAUCUUCGUACUCCCAUAUCCCGCCCCUCAAACACCGUCUCCGCAUACAGAUCGUGUAUUUCUUCGCCGACCCCGUAAGGAACUAAAGGAGUCUGCAUGUACCCCUCUGUUCUGGAAUGCCUUCGAUCUCAGGGGGGCUGGUUCUUGCGUUCACACGCACUCUCAGCACGCUGUCAUGGCCACUCUACUUUGGCCCGGAGAAACGUUCGAAAUUUCCCAUCAGGAAAUGAUCAAAGGAAUUAGGAUCGGGGGUAUGGGGAAGGCUCUAUCGUAUUUGGACACGCUGGUUAUUCCCAUCAUCGAAAACACACCUUUCGAGGAAGACUUAAAGGACAGUAUGGCUCAGGCUAUGAAAAAGUACCCUGACGCUGCGGGCGUGUUGGUCCGUCGCCACGGAGUGUACGUUUGGGGUGAGCUGGGAACUCGGCUUCCUUUCAACAUUGGAACUCAAAGUCUGGUAUAUCCAGGUGCCGAUUGGGAGAAGGCGAAAACACAGACUGAGUGUUUGGAUUACUUGUUCGAGAUUUCUGUCAAGAUGAAGUUGGUUGGACUUCCCACCCUUCUUGGAGAGCAAGACGGGGCAUAG